GGUGAAAGAAAUUUACUCUUCGGUGGAUUUUUUGUUCCGAAAAUGACCCAUUCUGCUGAGAGUCUGAAGUAUGCUGUAGAAUUUCAGGUUCACGACGAUGACAUUUUUGCCGUUACUUACCCAAAGUCCGUGCCGUACCCAACAAUUGGCGACGAGGAUUUGAGUCAACGAACACUCGGCAAAGCUUGCCAUUUCGUGCGUGGAGCCGGAGGAGAGAAACUUCGCGAGGGAGAAGAAGCACCUACUUCAACGAGAGUCGUGAGUGUUUCGUUGGGCACGCUAAGCGGAUUGCUAACUUGGAGGAAGCUAGCUGAUUGCAAACGCAAAUAAAUGACUGACGAAAGCCAAAACGAAACAGAAAACAAACGAAUUAUGGCAGGGGCAAUUGGAAAAUUGGACAGUUUUGAUAGCUCAACAGAAGAUUGGGAAACAUACGUUGAAAGGCUGGAGCAAUACUGUGUGGCAAACGACAUUCCUUCAGACUGAAGGUAAAAAAAGUAGCAGUCCUACUGAGUGCAAUGGGGGCAAAAACACACUCUCUGCACUCACUAACCUGCCGCUGAUCUGAGCUGUAGAAUGAUAGCAGGUGCAGGGAAGACUGCAGACCCACUGAGCGGUGUUGGUGACUUUCCCAACGAAGCUGAUGUCUGCUCAAAAGGUGGCACAACUUGGAUUCAAGAGAUUCUGCCCCUGAUUCUAAAUGGCGGGGACGUGACACCAGUACAGACCAUCCCAAGCUGGGAUCGAGUUCCCUGGCUGGGGCCGACCCGCACUGCCCUGGUUCUGGGCGACCGCCCCCCUCCUCGGGCUAUGGUCUCCCACAUGCCCUACCACUGCAUGCCCCGCUCUUUCUAUACCUCCAAGGCCAAGGUGAUCUACGUCACCCGGAACCCCAAAGACACUGCCGUUUCAUCCUUUCAUUUCCACGGGAUGGCCAGCUUCCUUGAUGAUCCUGGAACCUUUGACCAGUUCCUGGACAAAUUUCUCUCCGGACAGGUAGUGUUUGGCAAGUGGACAGAUCAUGUGAAAAGCUGGAGAAACACAGAUAUUGAAGGCAGAAUCCUCUAUCUGACCUAUGAAGAAAUGGUGCAGGACCUGAGGGCAGCCGUGCUUAGGAUGGCUCAGUUCCUGGGCCGAGAGCUGAGUCCUGACGUCCUGGAGAAGGUGGCCAAUCACUGCCAUUUUAACAACAUGAAGACCAACAUCAUGUCCAACUACUCCCUGGUGCCACAGGACAUCAUGGACAGCAGCAAGUCUCCGUUCUUGCGGAAAGGAACCACAGGAGACUGGAGAAACCAUUUCAAUGCUGAACAGGAAGCCAGGUUCUCUGCCAUUAUAAAAAAAGAGAUGGAAGGAACCAGUUUUCCAUUUCCAUGGGAUGACGAGUGACAGAGUAUAAUAAAACUUUAGGAGCUCCUCAUCUCACACAGCUGAGAUUUCAGAAACAAAGAAGUUAGAAAACAUUAGUAAAACACCAGUGCUCGCAAAUGAUGUAUAUGGCAAUCAUUCGCCUUGUGUUUCGUAAUGAAGCAAAAAAAAUACAUUCAAAGUUGAUGACAAUGUCACCAAAAAAUAAGCAUUAUACAUUGUUUUUUCCAAGCUAUGUCUAGACAGCUUUCCAAAAAGGACAUUUGGAGACUUCAAAAGGACCACCUCCCCCUUCUCACCAUCCCCCUACAGCUCACUCUUAACCUCUGUCUCCUUGU